ACUCUAAAACCUGGCCUGGCCCCUUUGGCCUGGCCUGGCCUCUAAGUUGGCCUGGCCUCUAUUUUGGCCUCUAAUUUGGCUUCAAACCAAAUUUUGGCCUGGCCUCAAAAGUUGAUCUGGCCUCAAAUUUGGCCUCUGCAAAAAUUUUUGGCCUCAAUUUUGGCCUCACCCAAAAAUAAUUUCUUUUUCAGAAUUUGAUUGAUUUUAUUGAUUUUUUUUAUUGGUUUCAUUUUUUCAAAGAUUAUGCAGAUAAAUAAUAUAUUUCUGUUGAUAUGUAAAUGUGAACAUUAAGAUAAAAAUACAAUACUACCAAUCUGAUUUAUUUUAUUGAUUUUCUAUUGACCAGUUGCAAUUCUGAAGACUAUAUAACACAGAGCAUAUAGUUUUAAUUUUAAUAAGAUUUUAUCUUAAUGAUGUAGUAAAUGUGCCUUUAAUUUUUUUCCCUGGUAGGAUUGGUGAUUUUUACAGAAUAAAACAUCUAGAAACAUCAAUUUUGAUUAUCAAGACAACAAAGAUAUUCAGAUGGGUACAAAACCCCAAAGUUUUGUAUUUCAUAUUCAAACACAUUCAUGUAACGUGUUAGUUAACUUUCAGCAACUAUCAAGAACGUGAUACAUUCCAAUAAAUGUGUCAUUAUAAUGUUUCUAUUUCAGAGCUGUACUUAUCAAGAACAGAACUUAUGGUCCUGAUUUUUUUAGCGUUAUCUAACUUUUGCAAUUAUUUUUCAACCCUCAGAGAAAAAGUGAAAGGUUCCCAUGUCAUUGGUGCUUGUCCUAUCAGCAAAAACUAAAUAAGCUAUCAUCAUAUAUCAAUUAUAAAGAGUUGGUGAAGACAGGAUUUGCUAAAGUUUAAAUUCCAUCAAAUACAGAAACAAUGGACCAGUCCAUUAUCAGAAAAAGGGUGUUUGAUCCAAAUGAAAAUUUAAUUAGCAACUCAUGAUCAUUUAAUGAAACUGACUAAAUUAAUUAAAGUAUAUAAAAGUGCUUAGAUUUUCAAAAAGUAAUAUUUUGUUUCUCUUUUUUUGUGAAGAAGCCAGUUAAACUGUUUGAAAUAUUAUUUUUAUGCUGUUCACCCUCUACCCAUUUUAUUCCCAAAAUGGCAUUGUCAGCAAAAGAUUAACGCUUUUACCUUGUUGUAACCACUGCAGCAGCUAUACCUUUGUAAAAAUCUCAAAAAUACAAAAAUCAUCCUAAAAUGGAGAGAAAAAGUUAUGCAGAUGCCGUAAAAGGUUUUAGUUGGGAAGAUGGAUCCCCUGGUGAACCAGUGAUCAAAAGCAGUUUUUCAUUUAAGUACCAUGCUAUGAACACAGUCACUAAACCUGAAGCUGAAAAAGAGAAGAAAAAUACUAGAAGUCCUAACAAGAAGACUUCCAAAUCUGGAAAAAGGUAAAAUAUGCACUAUUUAUAACAUAAUAAGGGCGUUCCAUAGAUUUCUAUAUAAAUUGGAUUUAUAUUGUGAAAUAACAAAAAUGAACUUAAAAUAAAGUAUUUAUUACCUUCCCAAAUUAUAAAUUGAAACCAUUUUUUUUUUAUUUUAGGCAUGCAGCUAAGCGUAUGGAGGACCAUAUAAGUUCACAACUAGAGAAAUGGGAGGUAUGUCAUUAUUAUUACUAUCCAACUUGAAAACUCAGAUUGUAUUGAGUAAUAUUAUCAAUAAUUUAAAAAGUUUAUAUUUUCUUUGAAAAGAAUAGAAUGUGUAUGUAUGAUCCAUACAUAAGAAAAGUAAUUUUUUCUUCACAGGAUUCAGACUCUGAUAUUUGGACUAUUUCACCUCAAAAGAAAAUUCGAUCAGAAAAUGUGAGGGAAGUCUCGGAGCCUGUCGUGGACUUAACAAAAUCCCCUAUUCCGCUGAUAGUCAUCCCAAGUUCAGAUGAGGGCUCUCCGUCACCAAAAAAAACCACUGUAACAUCAUCUCCAUUCAAGUUGUUGUCUUCAGAUAGUGACACUGAAGACAUUUUUACCCCAAUUACCCCCGGUACACACAGAAGAAAUCUUACAGAAGAGUUUGAUUUAGAAUUACCUUAUGAAUACUUUCUGGAUGAUAAGACACUGCCUAUAUUCAAAAAGGGUGUACGCCAGGGAGUUUUUACAAAGGAAACCCUGAAGGAAAUGCUUAACUUCCAGGGGCAAUUAGCUACUCGUGUGCCCUUAGGUGUCAAUAUUAAUGCUUUGUUUCUUAUUGACACCAAGAAAUUGGGGCAUCAUAAAGAUGUCCUUUCGGAUGGAUGUGGUGUUUGGAAACAGACAAAAACAAAAGUUCAUUACUUUAAAGAGAUCUGUGACAAAAUUGAGGAAGUAGAUGAAAAUGAUCACUUGUCUAUGGACAAAGGAUUAACAUAUAAGGUCACAAGGCUUUCUUACCGACAUUCAGCCUCACCAGAUUUCCACAGAAUUGUGAUAUUUGCAUUUAAAAUAAAAGGUGAAACUGGCCUUGAAAUAGUAAGCCCACUUGCAUUACAGUAUUAUUUCGAAAAUGAGGAACACAAAGUGAUACCUCAGCCACAUGGGAAUGCAAAGAACGGGAAAACAUAUCACAGAACUUUUCAAUCAGUGAAAAAUAAAAUUAAAGAAGAAAUCAACGCAAACUCAAAGCCAAAAGAAGUAGUUCAUAAAAUCAUUUUGGAAAAGGGUGGGAUACAUGAAAUAAAUGCACCAGGAGAGCAUGUAAAAAACAGACAGCAAGUGAGCAGUUUUAAGUAUGCAAUGAAAGAGGAAAGAAAUGGUGAUCCCUUAUUAAACCUGAUGGAAUUAAGUAAAGAACAGUCUCUCGACAAAGAAACAGCUUUUGUAAGGGAUGUGUCUGCAUCACCAGAAAUGACAGUAUUCAUGGCAACAAAGCAACAAUUAACUGAUAUUGAACGUUUCUGUACAAAUGCUGACCAUUUUUCAGUGCUUGGAGUGGAUGCUACUUUCAAUGUUGGAAAAUACUUUUUGACAUUGACAACAUACAAACAUUUGAUGUUGAUGACAAAAAAGCAAACACAUCCAGUGUUCAUAGGACCAGCUUUAAUACACCAAAGACGACUCUUUGAUUCUUAUUUUGCAUUGCCUUCAAAUAUGAUAAAGUACAAUCCAAAUUUACAAGGUUUACUUGUUUAUGGGAGUGAUGGAGAGAAAAAUCUGUCAGAUGCAUUUGACUCUUGUUUCACAAAUUCCAAACAUCUACUUUGUGACAUACAUAUGAAAGACAAUAUAAAAAAGAAGCUUACUGAUCUUAGCAUAAAAGCUGAAGAGGCUACAGAGUAUAUUCAGGACAUUUUUGGGAAGCAAAUUAAUUCGGAAAAAGUUCCAGGACUUGUGGACUGCUUUAGUUCAGACGAAUUUGACCAGAAAUUGGAAUCAUUAAAACCAUUAUGGACAAAUCGUCAUCCUUACGGAGAUGAAUUUCUCAAAUAUUUUACCACUUUUAAGGCUGAUCUGAUCAAGAAUUGUAUGACAGCUGAUUUAAGGGCAAUGUGUGGCUUGGGAUAUCCACCUUCAAUGUAUAAUCAAAAUGCUAAUGAAUGUGCAAAUAGUGUUGUAAAACGUAAUCUAAAAUUAGAGAAAUUAAGUGUGCCUGAUUGUGUAACACAUCUUCAAAACAUCAUUCAGUGCCAACAUGAUGAAACCAGAUUAGCAUUACUAGGCAGAGGAGAGUACGCAAUUAGUAACAACUACAAAGAGUACACAGUAGCAGAAGAAAAAUAUUAUCAAAUGACCAGACAACAGAAAGUAAGAUUGGAAAACAAUUUUUUUAAUGCCACUGUUAAAAAAGAUGAUCCUGUAAGUAUUACUCCACAAAAUAUCAGAGAAUGCACUCUUUCUGUUCCCCCAGAAAAUUCUCAGAUCUCCAAGGUAGCUCAACAUGUUGUGGAAGACAUAUUUAUGACAGCCAGCAGUUUACUUCAGAACAAUGAAAACAUAGUGAUGGCCCCCGGAUCAGAUGAAAAAUUAUUUUUUGUUCUAAAUUCUUUCAAUAAAUCAACACCACAUCAAGUUUCAUGCAGUGGAAGUAAAUCUCAAUACAUGUGUGACUCUAACUGCAUUAAAUGGGUUACACAUAAAAUAUGCCCACAUACUGUAGCUGUCGCAGAACACCAGCAGAAACUACAGAACUUUUUGGACUGGUACAAUAGUAAAAGUAAGCAUCCAAAAUAUACAUCGUUAUCAAUGUUUAAUAUGCCAUCUUCAAGAGGGAAGAAAGCUACUAAAUCAACAUCUAGAAGAAAAGGUGGAAAUCCAAAUAAAAAACGACAGGUGUUAGAGAAGUAUGUAGAGGCACCUAUUGCAGGCAGUAUAUCAGAUAAUUUAAUUCCUGCCCUUCCAAACCCGUCCACAGGGUCCUAUGUCAUAGCCAUGCUUGACUUUUGUAACCCGAACGUUACAAAAUGUUUUGGGUGCCAGGGAUAUUUUAGGGAAAAUAAUCAAAUUCCAGAUUCUCCCCGAAAUUUAGUAAUUGUUUCCAAGAUGAAGAGACCAUAUCGGGGAAAAGAUGGAACAAUGAAAGAAGGAGCACUUUCAAAUGUUUAUUUUCAUUUAUCAGAAAAAUGCAUUAAGAAACAAGAUCCUUAUUUUAUAUCAUCUUUAGUCUUUUGUCCUGAGGAUUUAAAAGGUCAUUUGCUUCCUGAACAUCGUGAAUACCUAACAGCAGCAAAUAUAAAGUUUUAACUUUUGCAGUAAUUUAUCUCAUGAUUAUCCAUUGUCAAUUGUAGGCUAAUUCUUUAUUGUAUUACGCUGUUAUCAAAUUGACCUUUCAUUCUGAAAACUGAUUGUGAUAAGGAUUUUUUUUCAAAACAUGAAUGGAAACUGACAAAUUCUCUACGCCAGUGAUUAAAACCUUCCUGUUAAACCCCUUCCGUAGAUCUCUGUGUAAUAAAUAAAUGCUGAACUUAUUAAGAACAGGGCAUACGGUCUAGAUUUUUAUUUAGCUGUGUAUCAAAUGUCAACUUGUCUUCUGCAUUGGUUCUAGAUAGUGAUGUCAUGGGCACUUCAUAUAUCAAACAAAAUUGUUUUUAUCAAGGAUGGUGAAGGCAAUAAACCGUAAGCACAGCAUUCUUUGGUGCAGUGUGUGAAGAGUGAAGGGUCAUGUUUACAAUAAAUUGGAUCAUUAGACUCAUAUAGGUAAUAAUAAUGUCAGAACCAAUGUAACUAGUUUGUUUAAAACUGUAUUCAUUAAGAAAAUAAAAGAAUAUUUUUUUAAUGAAUUUCUUAGGUAAUUACUAUUCAUCUGCAUUUCUUUGUUGUCUUGAUAAUUUAUAUUGAUGUUUCUAAAUGUUUUAAUUAUAUAUAUACUUAAAUAUGUAAAAUCCUCAAUUUUACCAUGGAAAGUUUUCAGAAUUGUAACUGAUAAAUAGAAAAUCAAUAAAAAAUAAAUCAGAUUGGUAGUAGUAUAUU